AUGGAGAAGUUGAACGAGACCAACUACUCAAGUUGGAGCACCCGUAUGGAGUUUUAUCUCAGAGGCCAAAAGCUCUGGGAAAUCAUCACCAUCCCACCACCCAAAGAUGAGAAGUUAUUGGAGGACUGGAAGCAAAAAGCAGACAAGAUCAUGUACAUCCUUGCAGUCACAACAGAAGACCAAUUCCUGCCUCGCAUCAAGGAAAGCAAAUCCCCGAAGGAAGCUUGGGAUACUCUCUCCACAAUCUUCGCCAGGACCAAUGAGGCGAGACUCCAGAGACUGGAGAAUGAAUUGAUGUCACUAUCCCAAGAAACAUUGACCAUUGGUCAAUAUUUCAACAAAGUAAUAAUUCUUAACAAAUACAAAACCACAGGGGUUAAAAAUAUGUUUUCUCGAGUAGCUUUUGGAUAA